AUGGAAGAUCACCAUUCCAGGCCAGCAUUCGGAUACCAGAAUGCCAGGACCGCAAACCGGAAUGAGGUCUCCUUCCCCUCCCAUUCCUGGUCCUUGGAGAUGUUGCUACGCAGACUGAAGGCCAUCGAUGCCAAGAGGGAAGACAAGCUGGCCAGUGUUCUGAGCGCCGUGGGGGAGUUUGGCGCCUUCCAGUGGAGGCUGGUGGUCCUCACGUUCAUCCCCAGCAUGCUGUCAUCCUACUUCUUGCUCUCUGAUCACUUCAUGCUCACAGCCCAGAGGCCUUACUGUAACACCAGCUGGAUCCUGGCAGUGGGCCCCAAUCUCUCCUUGGAUGAACAGCUGAACUUGACUCUGCCCCGAGCACCCAAUGGCAGCUUCCUGACAUGCCUCAUGUACAUACCUGUGCCGUGGGAUCUAGAUUCCAUCAUCCAUUUUGGUCUCAAUUAUACAGAAACUUGCAAAUUUGGGUGGAUCUACCCUUAUGCUAAGACACGCUCUCUGAUCAACGAGUUUGACCUGGUGUGUGGCAAUGAACCAAACAUGGAGAACAUGCAGACCGUGUUCCUCGCGGGCAUCUUGACGGGGUCUCUCCUCUUUGGGUUCUUAAGCGACAAGAUGGGCCGCUAUCCAACCAUCCUGGUGUCACUGCUGGGGCUCCUCGUCUUUGGCUUUGGGGCUGCCUUUGUGAAAAGCUUUUACCAGUACCUGUUCUUCCGCUUUGGUAUGGCCCAGGUAGCCGUGGGCUAUGCCAUCAGCAGUCACUGCUUCAUUUCUGUGGGCAUCAUGCUCCUGUCGGGGUGCGCCUACAAAAUCUUCCACUGGCGGCUGCUGUUCCUGAUGGGCGGUGUGCCCAUGUUACCUCUCAUCUCCAACAUCUGGGUCCUCCGAGAAUCCCCACGGUGGCUGAUGGUGAAAGGGAAGGUGCAAGAGGCCAGGAAGGUGCUGUGCUAUGCAGCAGAGGUGAACAAGAAGACCAUACCUUUCAAUCUACUCAAUGAGCUGCAGCUGCAGGGAAAGAAGGUUAAUAAAGCCUCCAUCCUGGACUUCUACACCAAUCAGCACCUUUUCAAGGUGGUCUUAUCCAUGGCCUGCGUGUGGUAUACCGUCAGUUACAUCUAUUUAACACUGAGCCUCAAGAUGAAGGAUUUGGGGAUAGACAACUACUUCAGACAAGUGAUCCCAGGCAUUAUGGAAGUGCCAGCCCGGCUGAGUUGCGUUGUUCUCCUGGAGUACUUUGGAAGGAAGUGUAGUCUCUACCUGAGCCUCACCCUAGCUACCGUCUUCUGUUUGUUUCUCCUUUUCCUCCCUCAAGAGCUGAGGUCAACAAUAAUCUUGAUGAUUGUGCUCGGAGAGUUUAGCCUGGCUGCCACUGUGACUGUGUUCUUCAUCUACACCGCUGAGCUCCUUCCCACCGUCCUCAGGUCUACAGGUCUGGGCAUGGUGUCUCUCGCCUGGGCGGCUGGAGCCAUCACAGCUCUAGCAGUCUUCAACCAGGUCAAAACACAACUGCCCAUCUUCUUCUGCUGCCUGUCUUGCGUUGUGGCCUUGUGCUUUGCCUCCUUGGUGCCAGAAACAGGAGACCACCCUCUCCGUGAUAGCAUCGAGUACAGUCCAAGCACCCAAAAAGAUUCUACUGAAUCCAAGAGGAAAAACCAGGACAUUGCUUCAAUGGUAAUAGAUGAGGAGUCAAUGUCUGAUGUUGUGAAUGAUGAAGUGACAAAAAAUACCAUUCUCAAUGCCCUGCCUCUAAAAUCAGAAGCAGGCAGGUUCUUCAACACAGCCUUGGAGAAACUCACCAACAAAGAAGUACUCAGUCUAGAUCCCUGAGGACCAGGUUCCCCAGAACAUUUUGGAUUUGAGUUUGCUUGCUGAGUGGAGCAGCCAUGGAUUUAAGGCCUC